AUGUCAUCAUCAUCUUUAUUAGAAAUUAAAUCAAAUGAUAAAGUCUGGUAUAUUACAGGUGCCUCAAAAGGACUUGGCCUAAUUUUCGUAAAAAAGCUGUUGGCUUAUGGAUUCAAGGUUGUUGGUACCUCCAGAAAUAAACAACAACUGAUCGAUGCCGUUGGUCCCCUUGCAACACCCGACAAUUUCUUGGCAGUCAAGGUCGAGCUAGACAAUGAAGAGAGUGUUAAACAAUCGUUGACCGAUUCUCUAUUGAAGUUUGGUAGAAUCGAUGUCGUUGUGAACAACGCAGGUUACGGUAUCUCUGGUGCACUCGAGGAGAACACCGAUGCCGAAGUACGAAAGAAUUUCGAUAUCAAUGUAUUCGGUGUCUAUAAUGUGUUGAGAAACGUCACACCAAUCUUGAGAGCCCAAGGACACGGACAUGUUUUCAAUGUCUCUUCGAUCGUUUCUUUCGUUGGCUUCCAAGGACACAGUACGUACUCGGCAACGAAAUUCGCUAUCGACGGUCUCACUGAAGCGUAUGCGCAAGAGGUUCGACCAUUUGGAAUCAGAGCGACCACUAUCAAUCCGGGAUUCUUCAAGUCAGAGUUCGCAUCGAACGAGCUCUUCCAGCAGACCAACAAGAUCGACUCUUACAAAGCUUUGCAUGACGUCAUGGAGCAGAGUGUCAAACAAGUGGAUAUCACAUCGAGAGGCGAUCCUGCUAAACUUCUAGACUUUAUCAUCAGAGUCUACCAAACACCAGAGUACGAGAGUACUCAUAUCUUUGUAGGUGGUGGUGUUUACCCAUUGGUCAACUCGAAGAUUGACAAAUAUAAACAAGAUCUUGCACAGUGGGAACCAUUUGCAACUCAAACCGAUUUCGAUGAUUAUAAAUCAACAACAAACUACUAA